ACCAACCAUCGCGACAUGUCGCGUGAGCGAAUCGCUCGCUUCAACGGCCGUCGAUCCGCUGGACAAGCAACGCGCCGCCCACCAUCAAUCGAGACCGUCGCCGGUAUUCAUUCUGCAACAAUGCGUCACCCUGCAGUUUUACAAUGGUACCUCGCCUACCUCCACUGUUACUGGUUACCCAUGCGAGCUACUUCCUUGAUAUCGCAUCGCCUGGCAACUUGAUAAAAGCGACGUCUUAUCAGUUCCAAGUAUCGACUGCGAUGACUUUCUCGAUCCUAUCCGCAAAUGCUGUUGCUCUUUACUGCGCUGUGCCUUUUCUCGUUGUUUUGAACUGAGCCAUCGCGUUCUUGACUUGAUCUAACAUCACAGCUCUUGGCCUCCAAAUCUUCUUUUUCUCUACGAUAAUCUAUACUUUGCACCUACUCAAUCAUGUUUGAUACCAGAAGGAAAGAGGCGGAGCACCCUGCUCGUCCGUCGCUCUCAACUAUCCGUUCCGAAGAGAGCCAAGGAAAUAAUGAUACAGUGCCUAUCACGCGAACAGAUACAGUGGCUGUCAAGACGAGAGGUUCAACCUCCCUUGGGCGGAAGAACUCAGACAAGCCCACAGUUUUGUCCCGCUCCGAAACGCUGUCUUCCAAACCUGCCCUAACCCGUGUACCUUCUAUCCAAACACGAUACAUGGAGAUGCUGUUACACUUGGAUCAAAUCCCCCGUCUAUACAACAUCUUGGCUAGCCUCUUCACCUGGAUUCUGCUGGCCGGUUUCCUCGUCGUUCCCGGGACCUUUACAACUUUCAAAAACUCAAAGGCGUUCCAAAACGCUGACAACGACAACGACGACAACGAGGUCGCCCACGCAAUUGUCCAUUCGAUCGCCAACAUCGGCCUGUUGUGGCUUGCUGGUGCAUUUUGCGCUGUGGGAGCUCUAGGAUGCCUCUGGUUGUGGUUUCGCUGGCGCAAGAAUUACGUCUGGCUGAUAAAUCGAAUCUUUCUACCAGUCACGAUGAACUCUGUCGCCGGCUUGAUAACAACUCUCGUCAACGUCUACACGGCCCAGCACGGUGUAUGGAGUGUGACGGCAAAAAUCACUGCUAUCGUGACAGGCUCUUGCGUCGGGGUCGCAGGUCUCCUUUUCGGGUGUUACAAUUUCUGGAUAUUACGCCGGGUACAGAAGGUGCAUGAGCGAGAAAUGGGCAUCACCGCUCAGCACCAGGACGAGACAUUGGUUGAGAAGGUGAAAAGAAAGGCUCAUGAGCCCCCGUUGCAGUCAGGCAGCGUGGUUUGAUGUCGAACCAUGUCGUUGGACUCUAAUGCGCAUCUUUUGUAUCCUCCCGAAGCCGAUUCUUCUGCCACUUGUACCCUGCCACUAGGGCCACUCGCGCCUGCCUCGAGAUCCCCGGUCUUCCAUGUUCUUGCCCUGGUUAUGACUGGUAGAGCGGACAUCCAUCUCGCAUUUUGUCUCAAUCCUGACUCUGCCUCCAAUACACCAUUAAUCGUCAUCCCU